UUUGAUUAACAAAAAAAAAAUUAUUCUCUCUCUGUCUCUUCCUGUAGGGAGAAGGAAAAAAAUAGUAUCAGUACUACGUCUACUACUAGUAGUAGCAUCAGCAGUACAUACACUCUUCUCCAUUUUUUUUUCAAUUUUUAUAGACCAAAUUGUUGAAUUUGUCUGCAUCUGUUGAAUGAGCAAAAGGAUUUUGUUGUUUGUGUGUAUAACAACCAUUUUUGAGUACUUUUGAGUUUUGAGUUUUGAGUGUGUAUAUGUUGUGUUAAGUGUGUUUUUUGUGUGGAGAUGAAAGAGUAAGUGCUGAAAAGGAGAAAGAAAAAAGAUUUGUUGCGUUUAAGCAGUGGUGAAAACUACUGAAGUGAAGUGGAAAAAGGAGUUUGAUUAGCUGAAGUAUUGUUCAGAUUGGUGAUAGUAGAAAUGGGGUCGGAGCAGAAUAGAUUUCCGCAGCAGCAAGGACCGCCACUUCCUUCUCGGCAUAAACGAUGGGGAGGAUGUUUGGGAGGAUUGUCUUGUUUUGGAAGACAAAAAGGUGGAAAGCGUAUAGUGCCUUCGUCUCGUAUUCCUGAGGCCAAUUCAAUGCCAAAUCAGCAGAAUGUUCCCCAAGCUGGUGGGCUGAAUAAUCAGACGGCAGCUCUUUUAGCUCCACCAUCUUCACCCGCGUCCUUUUCGAAUUCAGCACUCCCUUCAACAGCUCAAUCACCAAGCUGUUUUUUAUCUAGCAAUUCACCAGGAGGUCCUUCAUCUGCUAUGUUCGCCACUGGUCCAUAUGCUCAUGAGACCCAGUUGGUAUCUCCUCCCGUGUUCUCAAACUUCACCACUGAGCCAUCUACUGCUCCUUUCACACCUCCGCCUGAGUUGGCCCACUUAACUACUCCCUCUUCACCAGAUGUGCCUUUCGCUCGGUUCCUCUCCUCUUCUGUGAAAGUUAAAACCAGCACUGGUGCCAAUGAUUUUCAAACAACAUACGCUCUUUAUCCAGGAAGUCCUGCUAGUACUCUCAGAUCCCCUGUUUCGAGGGGACCAGGUGAGAGGGAACUUCCUCAAUUGGAUCCUUCUAUCCCUUCAUCCGAGAUCAAGUAUCCAGGCCCUGAUUCAAGCACCUCCAAGUUGACUCAAGAUUCAAAUUUCUUCUGUCCAGCUACAUUUGCCCAAUAUUACAUUGACCACUCUUUAUUUCCUCAUUCUGGUGGAAGGCUGAGCGUUUCCAAAGAAACCGAUGCUUAUUCAACUAAUAAUGGGAAUGGCCAGCAGAGUUGGCAGAACAAACCAUCUAAACAAGAUGCAGAGGAAGUAGAAGCGUAUAGAGCAUCCUUUGGGUUCAGUGCUGAUGAGAUUGUUAGUACGACACAAUAUGUGGAAAUUUCUGAUGUCGCAUUAGAUGAAUCCUUUAGCAUGACCCCUUUUACUAAGCCCAGAGAAGAGGAAAUCAUAUUAACUAUGUCAACAGCUGAGGGAACAAAAGGAGGGAAUAUCUCUAAUAUGGCAUCUCCUUUGCAGUGCAAACCAGGGAUGCAUCAUUUUGAAGGAGCAAACAAUUGCAUGAAAGAUCAUACGUCUCCAAAGCAAAUUGAACCUGCUAACCAUGCUAUGAGUGAUGAUGAAGGUAUCUUCUCCAAAUUGGGAACUCUAAGAUUAAGUCGUAAACAUGACCAUGGUUUGGCAAGCUCCGAUGCAGAGAUAGACUACAGGAGAGGAAGAAGUUUGAGAGAAGCAAAAGGCAAUAUUGCAUGGUAGCACUAAUAUUUAGAAUAUUAUAUAGUCUCCUAUUGGCUGAAUUGCAUGGUUCUCUUCUUUUGCUUUUGUUGGGGGUCUUCUUCUUUCGCAGGUGAUCUAACCUCACUCACGAAAACCCCCUACUGCGUCCUCGUUAUUCUGCUGUUUUAUUCUAGAAUGUAUCGUCUGUAUAUCUUAUGGUUCCCUCGAGUUAUGUAUGUCAAAAGUCGUAGCAAUAUACUUUCAGCCAUUAAUGUCAUUAGGAGUGGGAAUGGAUGCUGGAACUUUUUCUACUGUGGAUUGUGUAUGCUUGUUUCGGAAUGUCUUAGGCUUGAAGUCUUUGAAAAUGUAUCUUAUUGAAUAUGCAUUUCAAU